AUGCCCCCGGCGGCAGGUGGCCCGAGACCUGAGGCUCCCACUGGGCCCCCACCACCCUUGCUGCCCAAACCCGGAAAAGACAACCAGAGACUUCAGAAGCUACUAAGAAAAGCUGCUCGGAAGAAGAUGCUAGGAACAACUGCCACCUCACCUGGGGCCUUCCGUACCUCCCUGUCCCCCGUGAGUGAGGCCAGUCAUGACCUGGAGACCACAGUCCAACGUCCUGCUGAAGCCCCUCAGGUGGUGGUCUCCCUACCCCGCUCCCCACAUACCCCCAUUAUUCACCACGUGGCCUCACCCCUGCAGAAGUCCACUUUCUCUUUCAGCCUUCCUCAGCAAAGGUCUCUGGCAACUCAUUUCAAGGCAUCUCCUAGGCUUGAAGCCCCAGCCCCAGAAACUGCCUGGCCCCGCAGUGGCUUUGCCCAUGUAUCUGCCCCUACAGCAAGUGGUACCCACAUCACCCAAGUUCAUAUUCGGCUGUCAUCAUCCUUGCAUACUGGGACUUCUGAGUCCCCCAGGAUGGCCCUGGAUGGGGAUAAAAGCCCGUGUACUUCCAGCACCCAGCCUCUCAUCCCAGUAGCACAUAUUCGGCCACUGCCCACUGGGGUGCAAGCAGUCAGUCCUGGGCCUGAGGAGCCCCCUGUAACAAGAUCACCACCCAGUUUUCAGGCCUCAAUGUCUAGAGAGGCUGGUGGUAGGGUGGUGGUGCCCAUAGCCCCUACCUACCGCUCAUCUGGACCCUCACCUUAUAGCCCAGCUCCUACAGCUCCUGAAGAAGAACACCUAGAGGAGCUGCCCACAGCAAGGCUUGCUACGGAGGCUAAGCAUGCCUCCAGCCUCCCAGAAGCCUUGGGCCCCUCAGGCCUCCACCCAUGCCCUGUUCCCAAAGUUGCACCCAAGCCUUGCCUUAGUGGCUGGACACGCCUAAAGAAGCAGCUGAUGGAGGAGGCAGAGGAGCCUGCAUUUCCAGAGCCAGAGCUGAGCUUGGAGCCCACAAAGCCAGAGGUGCCAGCCCCUGUGUGCCCACAGCCCCCUGCCUCCAGGGCCUCGAGGAUGUGGGAUGCAGUGCUAUAUCGCAUGUCACUGGCUGAGUCCCGUAGAGGCCAACCUGUGGCGCCUGGAGAAGGAGGACACCCCCUGGCCUGCCUCAGCCGCCUGCCUUUUCUGUGCCGACCUCGCUUCAACGCCCGGAAGCUACAGGAGGCUGUCCGGCCCCCUCCUACCCUGCACCCCAUCCUGGAGCCGCAUUCCCAGCCCAAGAACUUCAACCGGACAGCAGCAGGUUGGAGGCUCCAGUGA